AUGCAUAGUAGCUCCAUCUCCGCUGGUGACCCUGAGAAGCAGCAGCAAGACAAGGCUCCCGAGAAUCAGAGCGAGUCUGCCAACGAAGUGAACCUCACGGUUGUCGUCUGCAAUGGAGACUCUAGUCAGUCACAUGAAUUGGCUCAAAUCUCCGUGCCAGCUGAGAGUGAGGAGUCUUCGGAACUGGUUUGCUUUUCAAGCAACGCCAGCUCUCACGAGCAGUGUAGGGUUUGUCUGCAAGAGAAACAAGAGGCUUUAAUUGAUCUAGGGUGCCGAUGUCGUGGUGGCCUUGCUAAAGCCCAUAGGUCAUGCAUAGAGGCGUGGUUUCUCACAAAAGGCUCUAAUCGGUGCGAGAUCUGCCAAGUACUGGCUGUUAACGUGCCACCACCAGAGACCCGACCAGGAUGUUUCAGUCCGCGUUGGGUAGCAUUCUCAAUUCUGAUAUUCGGUUUUAUGCUGGAUGUGUUAAUAAUCGUCCCACUUGGUGUGACUGCGCUCCCGGUUGGCAUACUUAUCGGAGUGAUAGUGGUGCUAGGGCUAGGAACAGCAGUAAGGCUAGGUUUGGAGUUCUUGUACGAUUGGUGCUUGAGAAGAGCCGUUCACAGGGCAUAG